UCGCAGUUCAUCGCAUGAUUGGUCUAGCCCGGUGGGUCCGUGCUUCUGAAUUCUGCUGCACCCAAACAUCAUCAUGAGAGCCGCAGGGACUGAGUCCCAUGCUCUAGCAGUUAACUAUAUUAUUCUCAUAGUACUCCUUGUUGUCUUAUAUCUCUUGUGGUUGUCUCUGUGACAUAAAAAGGGCCAAGGAGUCUUGCCAAGUGAGGGGCUGUUUCUGCGCCUCCCUUCGCUUCGGCUUUGGCUCAUGGGGAAGGGGACAACUGGUGGGAUGAGGUAGGAGUGUGAGGUGGUGCCACAAUGGAGAAAGGCCAACAUUCCGGGAGUGAUGGCAGGAAUGGAAGUGGGGCCGGGGGCGGCAUCGGGGGCAGUAGCGGCGGCACCAGUGUGUGCCGAAGCUGCGGCCAGAGCCAUGCCGCACACGAGCCUCACGUCUAUGACUAUGUUGAGGAAAUUGACGAGGAUCUCAUUUGCUACAUUUGCUUACAACCGUUCGUGACACCUCUGGAUAUCCCAUGCGGACACACUUUCUGCGGGGCAUGCCUCAGCACCUUCCUGCGGGUGCAGCAGCUGUGCCCAAUCGACAGAAAGCCUCUCUCUGCAAAUCUCUGUUUCCCGUCCAGCAUCGUACUUCGAAAACUCUUAGAAAAGCUGCCAGUUCAGUGUCCCAACACAACCAUCUGUGAUAAAAUUCUACAACGCGGCGACCUUGAAGACCAUUUGAGUCAAAGAUGCCCUGGAGCUGGUGCUGUGGCUGCUGUCAAACCACCCCGAAACUCUUCAACACCACCCGUCUCUUCGCAGCGUCAAUCAUCGCCCUCGAAGCACGGAGAAGUCACCAGCCGAAACAAAGGAAUCACCAGGCUGCCAGUGCUGGAAGGGGAGAUCAGCCACAUUGAGAUACCUCGGGUAGCCACUAACUUGGGUAUCACCAUCGUAGGAGGGGCAGACACCGCUCUCCGGUGCGUCGUUGUGCAAGAAGUGUUUCCAGAGGGUCUGGUAUCUCAAGAUGGUCGCCUCAGGCCUGGGGAUCAGCUCAUAGAAAUUAAUGGCAUCGAUAUGACAACUGCUUCACAUCAUCAGACAUGUCAAGCCUUAAGAAAACUGAGUCCAGUUUUACGUCUUGGAGUGUAUCGUGAAAGAAUAGAAGCAUACAGUGCCCGCUCAUCAGCCCACUAUAUAGAAGAGAUCCACACAGUGACUUUGGAGCGACAGACCAACCAACAGCUUGGUGUCCGUUUGAGUGGUUGGUGGAUGGAGCAAGGUAUCUUCAUCCUGGAGAUAAUUCCAGAAAGUCCUGCAGCAAAGAGUGGCAAACUUGAACCAUAUGACCGCAUUCUUUCUGUCAAUGGGGAGGAGGUAGUUAGUUGCAGAUUGGAUCAGGCUUCAAGACUCAUUCAGAGCAAUGAGAAAGUAACCUUAGUUGUUGCUCGGAAACGGUUGAACCGCAACUUACAAAGCAGAGAUGGCAGUGCACUUCCAGUUUGUCAUGGAAGAACUAAAUCAGCUCCAGAAGCCCUUGGAAGUAGUGUGCAACCAUCAGUAGCACUUGUUAGUGGAGGUAUGCAAACACAACAGACAGAAUCCAUCAACAAUUCAAACAUAGAUCCCAUGUUACAUUCAUCGCUAUCACAGUCGCAGACUUGGCAAGCAAAACUACAACAGAUUUCUCCAGACAGGAACUUGAACAAUGUUACAAAAGCCUUGUGCUAUGAACGAAGUCACAGUCAUUCUUGUGAUUCCUUGCAAAAUGUAGAAGCCAAACCAUGUCAGCAAAUGCCAUCACCACCAUGCACAAGAAAUGUGCCACUGCCUGUCAUCAGGAGAUCAUCUAAAGAAGUGGCUGUUGAAGAUCUGGCUCUCACCAUCAACAGGAAUCUACAGAUUGAGGGUAUCCAGUUGCAACACAAAUGUGUAACAAUCAAUAAGGAACCAAAUGAAAGUCUGGGAAUGCGAAUUGGAGGUGGUCUAGGAAGUAAUGAAGGGGACAUCCCUAUCUACAUUGCAAACAUUCAUCCACAAGGCUGUGUUGGAAAGACACAACAAAUAUUGAAAGGAGAUAUUUUGCUGAGUGUGAAUGGUACCAGCCUCAUGGGCUUAACACACACCCAGGCUGUUGCAACACUUAAGGCUACUGUAGAGAAUACCCAUGUUUCACUGGGGGUUCUGGAGGGCCCAGAGACAUCUCUUGGAUCUUACAACUUUAUUCCUUCAUGGCUUUAUUGGCAGAAAUUACCAAGGUGCCUUCAGUUUCCCAAAACGGUGAUUUUGCAUCGAAGUCCUGGGGCAAGUCUUGGCUUCAGCAUUGUGGGUGGAGAGGAUCCAGUUAGAGGACCAGAAGCCAUUCAUAUUCUGUUUGUUGUGCAAGAUUCACCAGCAGCUAAGCAUGGAAAACUCAGGUGUGGAGACAGACUACUGGCAGUGGAUGGGCACAGUCUGGAAAAUGUGAAACAUUCAACAGCAGUAGCAAUGUUGAAACAGACAGGGAGUAAAGUGACAUUAGAAGUGGUGUCAUGGCUUGGGACAGAGCUGUAAACAUUUGUGAGCUCAUGAAACAAACCUUUUGAUCCUCACAGUUUUGGGCACAAAAACAUUCUUUCAUAUGACUGUGAAGUGAGAAAUUAAACAAAGAUAAAUAAUCACACUGAACUUUUUUAUGGUUUUCAUGAGAAGGUAUAUGGUUUUAAAAUUUUCGUUCUUAAAAUUCCUCUAAGGAAAUCUCCUGUGCCAAUCUCCAUUGUGGCAGUUUGUAUGAAGUGCCGUUACCUGUGAGAUUAUGCCAUGGUGGCCGUAUUUGUUCUCCAUAAUAUUCUUCAAAUAAAAAGAUUGAGUGUAUAUUUCA